AUGGUCCCGCCGACCAAUAGCGAGUUGAAUGAAAGACGAGAAAAGAAUUGCAUCGCCAUCUCGCACGAGAGAAAAUACUUCCGAGUUGGCAACACGUGGGUAAAGCGAAGCCUACGGCCCUGCGAAUGGCAAAAGCAGAAUGGCUACAUGCACGUUCCUUUAUUCAACGUGGAACGUGUCCUUAAUGAGGGUGCAUGCCUUUUGUUUCUUGCUCAAACUGGUAUCCCGCUCCCAAAAUUACUUGCGUGCUUCGAGGAUGACGGCGCAGCGUAUCUGGUUACUGAAUAUGUGGAUGGAGUUGGAAUGAACGAUCUUGAUGCUGAGAGCCAAGCCGUUGUUGCUGAAGAGCUACAACGCCACAUACUCACACUCAAGAACCUUACCUCUGAUACCUGGGGUGGGCCAGAUAACAUGGUUCUUCCGCCAUAUCGUAUUAUGCGAAAAUCCGAUGGGCGACCAUGGAGAAUGCGUCAGCGGAAGCAACAAGACCUAGUGUUUUGUCACAACGAUCUCUCUAUGAACAAUGUCAUUGUUGACCCAAGCACACUCAAGAUCAACGCCAUCAUUGAUUGGGAGUAUGCGGGCUUCUAUCCACCUGAAUUCGAAUAUUCAUUCUAUAAGAGACCAGGGCCAUCUGUCCCAUUGGACGGUGAGGUGGACGAUUUUGAUCUGUUGACGCGGAUGAUCUCUGAAGACAGGGAAUAG